AUGAGACGAUUAUCAGAAUCGACAAUUUACAUGUAUUUUACAUACGAUACAAACAGUAAAACAUCUGUAUGCAAACACUGCAGUGAUCAUCAAGCGAAACAUGAAACCCGUGAAAGUGUCACAUCAACAGAAGAAGUGGAUACUUUAACUCCAAGUUUGUCGUUCAAUAGUUUAUUGACUUCUGCUUCGACGAGCUCAAUAGAAUCGCAACGUAUUAUUAAUGAUAAUAAUGAUACUACUACUUCAUCGGAAAGUUAUGAUAUUGGAAAACAUGGAGACUUAGACUGCCAUUCUCAAACUCAGUAUCAUAAGUUGGCAAUAGUUAAAAGUGAAUCAUUUAUUCAAGUAUAUAAAAAUCCAUCUUAUGAUAUUCGGAAUCAGGUUGAAACUUCACGUAAACAACAGGCUAUUGAAAAUAGAGAAAGACUUGUUCCAAUAAUAAAAACUUUAAUUUUACAUGGACAACAGAAUAUACCUAUAAGAGGCCAUCGUGAUGAUGGUUCAUUACUUAAUACAAAUAAUAGUCCUGUUGCAACUGAAGGAAAUUUUCGUUCAUUACUAAGAUUCCGAAUAGAUAGUGGGGAUAAAGUUUUGGAAAAUCAUUUAAUGACAGCUAAAAAUAAUGCUACUUAUAUUAGUAAAACAUCAACAAAUGAGUUAAUAAAUCAUUGUGGUAAUGAAGUUCUUUUUAUUUUAUUAAAUAGAAUACAUAAGGCAAAAUAUUACUGUGUUUUAUUUGAUGAAACAACUGAUGUAUCUCACAUAUCCCAACUUAGUAUAUCAAUUAGAUAUAUUUAUGAAAAUACAGUCAGAGAAGAUUUUAUUGGUUUUGUUGAUCUUCAUAAGGACAAUUAUAGUGCAGAUGCUCUUGAUUUUGAUACAGAUAAUGAAAGUAACACAUUAGAUUUACAACAGUCAGAACCAACUAUUACAGGAGAAAUACUUGGUUCAACAGUUGUAAAAAAGUUGAAAAGUGUGGGACUAGAUUUAAAAUUAUGUGUAGGAAUCGGUUGUGAUGGUUGCAGUGUUAAUAUGUCGACAAUAUGUGGAGCAGCAAUUACUAUACAAAAAUCUGCCAAGAAUGCUUUAAUAUGUCCGUGUUUAAAUCAUUCAUUGAAUAAUAAUUUAUCUAGAUCAAAUAAGAUUCAAAGUCUGACUAGUCACUGCAUAACUCACUGGAUUGAGAGGCAUGAUUCUGUAUUACAAUUUAUAAAUGACCUUCCAAUUAUAUUGAAAAGUUUAACUGAAAUUUCUACAUGGUAUGAUAUAUCUACUUCAUCAAAAGCCAAUUCAUUGUGUAAAACUAUACAAGACAGUGAAUUUGUUAUGUGUAUUUUCUCUUUAAACGACAUAAUGUGUCUAACACGACCUUUAAGUAUAUUACUCCAAACUAAAAAUUUAGACCUUUUUUCUGCUACUACUAAAAUAAAAGAACUUAGAGAAGUACUAAGUACAAAACGAAACGAUGCAAAUCAGUGCUUUAAUAUUAUAUAUAAUAAUGUUGUUGAAAUGAUGUCAAAAUUAGGCACUGAACUAAAACUUCCAAGGACUACUAAAAGGCAGACUUACAGAAAUAAUAUUGAAGUCAACCCAGAAGACAGUCAAGGUUACUGGAGAAUAUCAAUUUAUAUUCCUAUUUUAGAUGAAGUAAUAAAAGAUUUUGAUAAUAGGUUUUCUAGUGAUAAUAUGCAAUGCUUUAAUCUUAAUUUUUUGAUGCCAUUGAAUCUCAUGAAAUGUUUCAAAAACACUGAACAGUUAAAUCAAUCAAUUAAAGACAUUUCUAAUCAAUAUAAUACUGACCUCACAACUAUAACAUCAGCUAUAACAUUUCUAGACAAGCUUGAUUGUGACUAUUUUCCAGUAUUUUCUUUAUUUAUUAAAAUUCUAAUCACUCUCCCAAUAUCUAUUGCUACAGCAGAAAGAAGCUUUUCUUCUCUACGUUUACUAAAAACAUGGUUAAGAUCUAGAAUGAGCGAAGAAAGAAAGUUUGACGAAAAAUCGGAAGACCAAUGUAAUUGGUCCACAUAA